AUUUAAAACAUGGCCUGGCGAAAGAAAACCAAGAAAGCCGCUCCGAUCGCGCAAAUGAGCGAGGAGGACGUGCGAGAAAUCGAGGAGCACGUCGAAGAGCUCGUCCGAUCGCAAUUGCCACUGGGAAGAGUCAAAAAAGUGGUCAGAAUGAAUCCGGACGUCGAGAUGCUCAACAAUGAGGCACUGCAAUUGAUGGCGAAGGCGGCGGAGCUCUUCAUCAAGGAGCUGAGCAACGCGGCGAAUCAGAACGCAGCGCUGGAAAAACGAAAAACCGUCCAGACGAAGGACAUUGAUAAAGCUAUCAAGAAGACGUGGGCCUUCGCUUUCCUGGAAGAUGCUCUGGAUGGGUGGCCGAAGUUGGAGCCAAAGAAGCGAAAAGUGAAUGCGAAUUCCGGUCAGGAUGAGACGGUUGUAGAGGAGGAAACGAUUAUCGAGGAAGAAGAGGAGAUCCACGUGGAAGAAGAAGAAGAUGAAGAGCUUCCGGAGACCGUUCUCGAAAUCGAUGAAAAUGAAGAAAUCGCGAGAGAUAAAUUUGCCGAGCAAUUUUGAUUUUAUAUAUUUUUGUAUUUAGUUUUGAUUUUUUUCUCUUUAUUUGAAUAAAUUUACUUACAUCAACG